UUUGAUAUCAACUGAUUGAUUUAUAAUUAGAAUUUAAUCUAGAAGUUUCCACAUGGUAUUUUACUUAACAUAGUCUAUUCUACAUUAAUAGACGUAUUGUAUUAAAAACUAAAAUGAGUCGAUGUGAUUUUAAAAUAGUGCUUUUAGGCAGCGAACACGUCGGAAAGACGAGCUUAGUUUUAAGAUUCGUGAAUUGUAGGUUCAACGCUGAGAUACCAUAUCAGAAUACCGUCGGUGCUGCAUUUUGCGCUAAAGCUAUGCGAUCAAAAGAAAAAGACUACAGUAUUGGCAUCUGGGAUACAGCAGGCAGCGAAAGGUAUGAAGCGAUGACUAGGAUUUACUACAGAGGUGCACACGCUGCUAUUAUUUGUUACGAACCGUCAUCUCAUGAGUCGUGGACGAGACUAAGACAUUGGCUGCACGAACUAAGAACAGUGGAAGAUAGUUGCAAAGUGUAUUUAUGUGGUACAAAAAAGGAUUUAUUAGACGGAGGGUUCGUGAAAAGGGAAGUGGCCGAAGAGAUUGUGAAUACUUACUCUCAAGAUUUGAACGGACAUUUCCUUACAUCGAGCAAAACCGGUGAGAAUGUGGAUGAACUCUUCCAGAAGAUUGUCGACGACCUUGCUGCUGACGUGGAGGUAAUGAAGACGGUUACGGAGAGCAGAUUGCUGCUGACAGAGCUAGACAAACGCAAAAGCAAAAAGGAUGUGUGUGCAUGCUAGUGAUUUAGUUUGGACAGAGAAGAGAUUUAGUUGGUUAAAUUAAUUAAAUGGAACAAAUAUUUAUUGGUAAUAAAAGCCAUAUUAAUUAGGAGGUACCGAGUGAUUAUUAGUUGCGGUCGUAACGGAGCUUGGGUAAUGUGUGCUUCGAAUGUUUUAAUGGCAACACUGCUCUAGCCUUUUUUAUAGCUUUUUUUAAGGGAUUUUAUGACCUGGUAACUAAGACUUUUAGGUCAUGUCUUAUUUUAAUAUUUUUAUCGCGAAGCUGUAUGGGUCGCGAUCCCUGGAAUGGUUUCUUUUUGGCAGCGUGGAUUUUGAUCCACAAUUCGUAUGGCGUAUGGAUGAACAAAAAAUUAAAUAUGUUUCGCCGCAUUCAUGGUUAGAGGUCGGACGUAUGUAUGUGUAAGUAAUUGUAAAAUGGAAAUUAGUAUUUGCCAUUUCAUGUAGUUUGUAGGAAUUGUGGAUAGAUAGCGUUAAACGAGGCUCUUAAGAGCCCCGUCCCUUCGCCAACUGAAAUGAAAACGCUCGCUUCCUUUUUUUUUAUCUGACACAUUUAAACGUAAUAAAUGACAUUUGAAAACUAGUUGGAGUGGCAGCAAAAAUUUAGUGUUUAAAAUAAAUUGAAAUCAAAUCGAUAUUGUGGUUGUAUAAAAAUGUACUGAUCGAAGAAAUUCAAGCCAAAUUAUUAUUGUUAUUUAAUUUUUUUAAAUUAUAAUUAAAAAGAAGUUUGUAUAUAAUUAUAACUUGUUUUAAGAUUUGAUUUCGCAACUUUUUUUAUUGUUCUUAUAUUAUUUCCGUCUUUUCGGAUGCUAUA